UUGGAGUUAAACCCUAAAAGAAGAAUCAGAGCUCCGGCAAGAGAAGCAAUGAAGGAAUCGGAGCUCCGGCGAUGCCAAAUCCACGACUGGUACCCACGCUUCAAGCCUCACACCAUCAAAACCCUCUUCCAUCCUCUCUCCGAUUCCUUCAUCCGCUACCUCCUCGGCGAGCCCGAUCCCCAUUCCUCCGCUGACCCUCCCCGUUUCCUCCUCCCCCGACCCUCCUCCGGCCUCGACCCUCUCCCCGCACUACCGCCGGCGUCGAUCCCACCUCCUCUCUCCCCCGUGAACUCCGAUUCUGACUCCGAUGACGACGCCCCAUCGUUCCCUGACCUUGAGGCCGCCGUCACUCGCUCCAUCGCCGAUCUCGGUGGCGCCGUGCUCCCUAAGCUCAAUUGGAGCGCCCCCAAGGACGCUACCUGGAUCUCCGCUGAUGGCUCUCUUCGCUGUACCUCCUUCUCCGAGAUCGCCCUCCUCCUCCGCUCCUCCGACUCCAUCGCACACGAUCUCUCUCAGGCCCUCGCCUCCUGCUCUGAUGCCUCCCCUGAUCCCUCCUCCCUGCCCUUCUACCUCGCACUUCGAAAAUGGUACCCUUCCCUCCGCCCUGAAAUGGAGUUUCGCUGCUUUGUCCGUGGCUGCCGAUUGAUCGCCAUUUCUCAGCGAGAGGUUACCACCUUCUAUCCAGUGCUUCCCGACCGGAAAGAUGAAAUCUUGCCAUUGAUCGAGAGGUUCUUUCAUGAGGUCGUGCGAGAAGGAUUUGGAUCAGAGAAUUACACCAUUGAUGUGUACCUCACCAGUGAUGGGCGGGUGAAGAUAGUUGAUUUCAAUCCCUGGGGCGCGUUCACGCUGCCAUUGAUGUUUGAAUGGGAGGAGCUAGAUGAGCAAGGGUUUGGAGCACAAGGAGUGGAGAUCCGAGUGGUGGAGGGGAGGCAGGGAGUGCGGCCGGGGUUGAAGACUGCCGUGCCAUAUGAUUACUUGGAUACCGGAGAAGGGAGUGGAUGGGACCAGUUCUUGAAGAGAGCUGAUGAGGAGAUUAGGAAGCAGGCCGAAGAUAUUGGCAAUGAUUCUAAAGGUGGCUGAGGAUUGCCUGCUUUCUUCGUCAAUGCCUGCUGGUUGAGGUUGUUGAUUUUGGGCUGUCAAAGGAAGAUAUCUACGCCGGUAGGAUCCUUAAAGGUGCAUACAGUUACAUGGAUCCUGACUACAUGUCGACAAACAAGUUCCAAAGAAGAGCAACAUAUAUUGUUUUGGCAUUAUAAUGGCUAUAAAUCCCCUCAAGACCUAAUGGAGUACAUCUAUAUCGCAAGUUUCUCAUAGAACACGGUUUUAUAAAAUUGUUCCAAGAAGUAUUUGAGGACAUAGCUCGAACCAUCUUCAGCUAGUAAGCAGUGAUUGAAAAGCCGAUUGGGAGGAGAUAAUAGACAAGAAGCUCACGACCAAAAUCAAUCCUGAAGAAGUUAGUUUGCUUGCGGAUAUUGUGUACAAGUGUUUGGACAAGAAUGCGAGGAAACGACUUUCAAUAAGCGUCGAUACAAAGCGAUACUUUGGGGGUUUUUACACAGAACAGAGCAUCAGCAAUUUUACCUGAACAACAUGACUAGCAAAAAGGAGGUCCAAAGCUCAAGUGUUUGAAGCCAUGAAACAAGCAUUUUGAUUCUCAAAUGUUCCUUAAACUCCAAAGUAUUGCAAUCACUGAAGUGGAACUUGAAAAUUUUGUAGAAAAAAAUUUCUUAUCUUCAAUGAGUUGAUGUGGAACUCAUAAAUUGUGAGAAAGUUUUGAGUGGAAAAGUUUUCAAUCUUA